AUGCCGCCACUUAGCCAGAUCCUUGCUCUCGGAGCUGGCAUCGGCCUUGCCUAUUUCGGCCCUAUCCUGACGCAGCUGGCCGUUCAUAGACUGCAGGAGCUCAACCUAGCCCGGACGCCCGAGCCGCACCCUUCUGAUCCUGCUGCUUCUGCCUCGGGGGUAGAGUGGACAUGCGGGCCUGACAACUACACCACCGAGCUCAUCUCCCUCGACCCUCUCGUCGUGUACAUCCACAACCUCGUCAGCCCGCGCGAGGCUGACCUCAUCAUCAAGGCCGGCGAGCCCCUGCUCGAGCCCUCCCCGGUGACAGGCUACGGCGCCGCAGGCGGCACCCGCGCCCAGAGCCGCACGUCUUGGAGCGCUCCCUUGCCGGGCGACGACGCCGCCGUGGCGUGCGUGCUGGCGCGCGCGCGGCGCUUCCUGGGCACCCUGCUCGCGCCCCGCAGGGACGAGAUGGGCGUCGCGCAGAUGGUGCGGUACACGGCCGGGCAGAAGUUCGACCUGCACCACGACUGGUUCCGGCAGCCGCGGCUGCUGGACGGGGACGGCGCGCGUGGACGGCGGCGGCUGUACAACCGCGUCGCUACCUUCUUUGUCGUGCUGCAGGACGGGUGCUCCGAGGGGGAGACGUAUUUCCCGCAGAUCCGGCCUAUUGCGCCGCAGGACUGGGGGAAAGAAGCUGGAGAUAUCGGAGGGGGCGGUGCCGCCGCUGAGGGUGAUGAUGGUGUUAGUGGUGGUAAGAAGCAGCAAGCGGUGUGGAGGAUGCAUGAGCAGGGCGGGAUGGCGUUCAGGCCCGUGAGAGGCAACGCGCUGUUCUGGGUGAACCUGAUGGCGAAUGGGAGUGGUGAUCCGAGGGUGUUGCAUGCCGGGCUGCCGGUCGGCGACGGUAUGAAGACGGCUAUGAACAUCUGGCCUAGGACGUUCUUUGGGCCGGAUGCGUAG